AGUCUGUUAUGAUGUCAUAAGAACGACUAUUCGGGAUGGUUUUAUCGAACUGCUCAAAUCGUAUAAGACGUUCGUUAUUCUUCUUAUUUUUCACAAGGUAUAGUUCCCACUUUAACGACAGUCAUUGGUCACUAGAGCAUCCUUUGACAAUGAAAUUACAGGGUAUUUUAAUCGUUAUAUGUUUCGUGAUCACACAGUUAUUGACAAAUUUUUCAUCAGGGAAUCCACUGGAGACCUUAGUACGAAGAAAUAAACCAAGUAGUCAUUCGCUUGAGGAAUUUGAGAAGACAUGUGAAAUGUGUGGACAGCUGUAUGGGUAUGACACAACCUACGACUGCAUGACAGAUCCUUCCAAUAAAGUGUUCCGUCUAUGCUUGAGAGCAGUAGGGAGAAAAUAACUCAUUUCCGAACAACAUCCGAAACAACAAAUUUCAAUAUGAGACAAUAAAAAUGUAAAAGUUAAAAGCUAAAACUGACAAGUAUGUGUCCAUCUACUAGUGCAUAAGAAGUAAAUAGAUAUAUUUUUCUAAUUCUGUCCAUGAAGGAUCUAUUUUUAAGACGUCAUGUAUAUUUGCACAAUACUUCUUAAUACUAAAGUAUACGAUGUAACAAAGAUCACCAAA